AUGUUGGCAGGUGCGCAAAUCUGUUUGAUGUCAAAAAACAAAGAAAGAAAUGUAAAUUACGACAUGGCUGGUUUCCGGGAUAUAGACAAAGCAUUAUUUCCGAUAAAAAGCAUUAACACAGUGGUACAACUCUUCAGAAAUCAAUUAGAGGGCCUCUCGGAUCCCGAUCUUGCAUUACUUUCAAUUGUUGCGGGAAUAAUCGAAAAUUCUUUAACAAGCCGGUCUAAUGGCGCGCUUCAAGUAUGUGAACCAGUGGAACAGAACAACCUACCGAUUUUGGAACUGAAAGCGGUAGAACUUUUGUAUAACAAGUUCAAAAGUAUUAUGACAAAUGCUGUCGAUCAAAAUAAAUCCAAAUCUUUUGCUACCAGAGAACUGGUCAAGAAAGUAUCAGAUGUUAUCUGGAAUUCCCUUACCAGGAGCUAUUAUAAAGACAGGGCUCAUUUACAGAGCUUAUAUAGUUAUUUAAGUGGUAGUAAGUUGGAUUGUUUCGGUGUGGCAUUCGCUGUUGUGGCAGGGUGCCAAUGUUUGGGUUACAAUGAUGUACACUUGGCUCUAUCAGAAGAUCAUGCCUGGGUAGUUUUUGGAGAAAAUGGGACAGAAACUGCUGAAGUUACUUGGCAUGGAAAAGGCAAUGAAGAUAAAAGGGGACAAGAGAUUGGUAAAGGAGUGUCUGCAAGAUCCUGGUUGUAUGUAAACAACAAACCUGUAGUAUGUACAAGACACAUGGAAGUGGCAGCAUUAGUUUCUGCUAUCAAUCCAUCAUUAAACUCGACACAUGAUGCUUAUGAAGUUGCUUUGCUCCAGCAAGAACUUCUAUGGUUGUUGUAUGAUCUAGGACACCUGAAAAAAUAUCCAAUGGCUAUUGGUAAUCUAGGAGACUUGGAGGAAAUCUCAGCCACAGAAGGCAAAGUGCCAUGUAAAUUACUUUUUGAGGAAGCUAUAUUCUCAGCAAGAACCUACUACAACAAUCAACAUGUGUAUCCUUACACAUAUCAAGGAGGUUACUUUUACCGUAAUAAACUAUAUGAAGAAGCUUUUGAGAGUUGGGCAAAUGCAAGUGAUGUUAUUAGACUGUAUAAUUACUCAAGAGAUGAUGAAGAAAUAUACAAGGAAUUUUUAGAAAUUGCCAAUGAGUUGAUUCCUCAUAUAAUGAAAAUAGAAAGUUCAGGAUUCAGUGCUAACACUAUCUUGAAAAAACCAAAAUGUUUUGCUGACUUACUCCGCUUCUAUGAUGGUAUUUGCCAAUGGGAAGAAGGCAGUGCAACCCCAGUUUUACAUAUUGGAUGGGCUAAACCAUUGGUUCUUACCAUAUCUAAAUUUGAUGCAGAUGUUAGAGCUCAGGUAAAUAUUGUCUGUGAUAAGUCUGAAGAAGACAAAAUAUUGAAGAAGAAUGGUACAUAUUUUAAUAACAAUAAUUACGAGAAAGAAAAUGGAUCUACAAAUAAUGAUCACAGCAUACCUUCAACCGCAAAACCAACUGUAGAAGUCGACAAAUCACCAUUUCAUCCAAGUAUUGAGGCUCUCACAGCAGCAUGUUCAGAGAAAAUUCUGAACCCAGAAUAUUUAUUGCAGGGAGAUGGUUCACCAUUUGUGGGUGGUGAUUAUCCAGAUUCUGCUCCAAUUAACACACCGUCAGAAUCCGAAGACAAAAUAAAUGGCCGACCAAGUACCUCAAAGCAAGAUCCUCUCGGCAGCCCUUCCUCAUCAACAGAAGAAACCCCUCCUCAAGACACAAGGCCUACCAUCAUUCUCCACAGUCAGAAAAUGAAACAACUGAAAGACUUACUUCUGGCAGAGAAACUCAACACGCAAGCUAUAUCUUUACAUCUCACUGCACAGUCUCAGGUGCAGAUUGGAAAGAAAGGCAGGGGAGAUGGUGAUAACAUCAGGCCUAAGAGAGCAAGGCGAGAAUAG